AGUUUGGAUAGACACAAGGCAUUGAAAGAGAAUUCAGAGUUAAAGAUGAGCCUCAUGUUUUGGGCUUGGGCAACUGAGUGGAUGGUGACGCCUGUCUUUACAGCCCCAAGGAAAGUGUCACCUUGGUCUGCAGUGUGAGUCCUAGGCUUGUCAGACUUUGCGGGAAUUACUCUUUAGUCAUCAUGCUAUUUGUUGACAUCAGUGCACACAUCUCUCUUCACAAAGGUACAUGGUAUGGGGACUACAGUAUUGACUUUGUCCCUACCUGUGGAAAGGUGGCUAGGUUGGUGGUGACUUCCAAAUCAUGGCCUCCUGGCCAUGGUGAUCAGUGUGACCUACAUUCUUCAUUUGCUUGGAGAACGGGAAGGCCAAGUUUGGUGAUACCUCUUCCUUUAAAGAAAAUGGAACAGCUGAAUAAUACUUUCUGUCACUUUCCUACAAAUUCUUCAAACAACACAAGUCACUCAGCAUCAAAAUGUUCUUCUCCAGUGAAGAGACAGCACCUUGCCUAUUUCCUAGCAAACCCACACUAUGGCAGCCUCAUUAAUGCAGAUGGCCAUGCAGAAGUAUGGACAGAUUGGAAUGAUACAUCCAAGUUUUUCCAGUAUGGAUGGAGAUGUACCACUAAUGAGAAUGCCUAUUCAAACUGUACCCUGAUGGGAAACUGGAAUCAGGAAAGAUAUGACCUAAGGAAUAUUGUGAAGCCCAAACCCUUGCCUUCCCAGUUUGGACACUACUUUGAAACAACAUAUGAUACGAGCUACAACAACAAAAUGCCACUUUCAACUCAUAGAUUUAAGAGAGAGCCUCACUGGUUUCCAGGACAUCAACCGGAACUGGAUCCUCCUCGGUACAAAUGCACAGAAAAGUCAACUUACAUGACCAGCUACUCAGAGCCUCAAACUGGGCAUCACUCCGCAUGUAUGUGGAAUCGUAGUAACUGCCAAUUUCAGGGUCCACGGUUCUAAGAAAGAAUAAGAAGCUUCAUUUUUCCAGAGUAAAUUGUAGGAGGGAGCACAUUCUAAGCACAAUUAAGAAUCUAGCUGACUAUAACAGUUUCACUCUCUGAAUAAAGAAAGCACAGAAAAAUA